GCUAAAAAUGGCGGAUGUCCACUCUCAAAAACCUGAGGAGUUGAGCAGACGGCUACCUGUCGGGAAUGUCCGCUUUCGGGGUAGUAAAUCUCGACUUUGAUAUUCACCGGUCGGUGCCCAAACACAAGACCGGAAGAAACGUUUUUGGCGAGAAUCUCAACUUUCAGCAACACACCAUGAACAACGUAAAGCGCAAGAAGACAAUAUUCUUCCCUACCUCGGGGGUCUGCUCAGCUCAACACGUCCCCACGGCAAUCAGGAAACAUGUAACCGAAGAACGUCGUGUGCUCAGCGACAACAGUAACAUCUCGCACGGCAACAACAGCAACAUCUCGCACGGCAUCAUCUCGCACAGCACAGCAACCUCCAAGAAACAGACGGUGCUGUGUGCAGAAUACACCAAAGUUUCCAAGGCAAAGCCGGCAUUUCGUGCAACUCCAGGAAACCAAGGCUGUCGGAAAGUCAAGAAACACAAGUUGAGUGUUAAGAAGAAACUCUGCAUCAAUGGACCGGAGCGCGUUAUUCCGUUUGAUGAGCCUAUGGACCUUGAUGAUCCGGCUCUACGACUGCGCCACCUGCUGAAGACUGUUCCAGUCGGCAUAAAGGAUAUAGACGCCGACAAGGGGGAGUUCUACACGCCUGACUAUGCCCAGGACAUUAUUGACUACCUGCAGGCGGUGGAGACUCGGUGGUCCUUCCCGGAGGACUUCUUGGAGGAUCAGGCAGUGACGUCCAGCAUGCGAGCUGUCCUGGUGGACUGGCUCAUGCAGGUCCAGUGCCAUGAACGCCUCAAUGACGACACGCUGCACCUGACAGUGGCCCUCAUCGACCGCUACAUCUGCCACAAAGCGCCCGCCAUACACGAGGUCCAGCUUCUAGGCAUCACCUGUGUCCUGAUAGCUGCCAAGUUCGUGGAGAGAUUUCCGCCAGAGAUCGCAACCCUGUGUCACCUGACUGACAACACCUACACCGAGGAUGAGGUCAUCACCAUGGAGAUCAUGAUCCUCAAGACGCUCAAGUUCGACCUCAAUAUUCCUGGACCGAUUGUCUUCCUGGACCGAUUCCUGCAAGCUGAAGAAAGCGAUUCAAAGGUUUCCCAUCUCUGCAAGUACCUUCUGGACCUGUCCCUGGUCAGUGCCGAUACUGUCAGGUUCGUGCCGUCCAUGGUGGCCGCUGGCGCCCUCUAUCUCUCUAGGCGCAUCUUCCGGUCCCUGAUGGGAAUGGUGUGGACCCCGAACCUCUCGUUUUACAGCAAGUAUUCGGAACAUGACCUCAUUCCGUGUGUCCGGCAUCUUGAGAAGCUGCUGAACAAGGCUCCAACAGGGAACCACAAGGCUGCAAAGAACAAGCACGCGAAAUCGGACUACGGCUGCAUCUCCUCUAACCCCCUGAUUUGCCAGUGACGUGGACACGACGACGAAUGUUGGACUCAGCUGCGGAGACCAUGCAAGACUAGUGCUAUGUAUUCAAUUGUACAGACAUUCCAAUUAUUUAUUCCAUGUCGGGAUGCGACAUUCCGGCGACGCACGUUUAAUGCAUGCAGUGAGCACACUUACCUUGACAUAAACAAAAGAAACAAGCAAAAAAAACCAGACGGAACAACGACGAAAAAGUAUAUCAAGAAACAUGAAAAAAACAAUUUGAGAGUUAGGACCAUUUGUACAGUUUCGUGCAAAUUAAAAGCAUUUGUACAUAAUUGCGCAUGAAUCAAA